UAGUCUUGUACCGUUAAAUUCAAAUUUUCUUACACCAAACAAAUACACUGCAAAAAGGCAAACACUCCUUGUUUCACUAAACAACAUAAAACACAACACUGAUAUCACCACCAUUGACUAGACAUAGAGAAAACCAGAGAAAUAAACACAGGUAUAUACCAAUAAAUAUACAGAGAGAAAUAGCGAUAGAAGAGAGAUAAUGUCAUCAACAACAACAAUAGCAAGAAAACCAAAAUGGCAUCCAACGCCACCACCACCACCAAGUCCAAAAAUACUUCAUUUCCCACGUAGAACUCGUCGUAAAAAUACCAAAAAUAGUAGUAUGAAAAAGAAUAAGAUUUAUUCACAUAUUUGUAACCCUUUAGAGCUACAUGAGAAAUAUUACUAUAAAGGGAGGUUAGAGAGUUUAUUUGAUCAAGAAAGAGUGUUUCAUGGUAGCUCUUCUUCAUCUGUUAUUAAUCCUAUUGUUCUUCUUAAUACUUCAAAUACUUCUUCUUCUUCGAAUUCGACUUCGAAUACAGCUCAAAGGAGAGAAAGGGUUGAAGAACAAGAACAUGAAGGUGAUGAUGUGGCGAUGGAGGGAGGUGGAAAAGAGAGGGGGAAGCUUGUGGAGGAGAAAUGGAGGUUUCAGGCAGAGAUGUUAAGGGCAGAGUGUAAUUUCUUAAGAAUGGAAAGAGAAUUUGCUUUGAAGAAAUUGGAAAGAAAUAGACUUCAGAUGGAGAAGACUCUUAGAUCAGCUGUUCAAACUCUCAUUUCUGGGAAAAAGAAGAUUUUUGAAGGGAAGAGUGUGAAUGCAGUAUUAGAAGAAGAGAUUGAAGAUUUGGCAGAAAAACUUGAGGAGUUAAAGAAGAUUUGUAAAAAUAAUAAAGAUGUUGAAGUGAGACAUUGUAGUAAUUUUGAUAAAAAAGCAUGCCAUUUACAGAAAAGGCUAGAGAAGCUUGGAGGUUUAACUGAUGAAAAAGCUCUCAAGGAAUUACAACAACUGGCCCACUCAAGCAAUGAAACUGACAAAGAAAGCAAGAAUACUUCUACUGAUGUGGAGUUGGUGAGGGUAAAAAUGGAAGGACUGUCAAAGGGUAUGCUAGAUAGAAUGGAGGAAGAAUAUGGGGCAAUACUUGCUAGCACAGCUAACAGUUCUGUUGCCAGUUCUGCUUCAACUUCCAAGAGAAUUGACUCUUUUACAGACCCUUCAUCAACUUUCUUUACUAGACAACCAUCUCAGGACAUGAUGGCAAUCGAGGAGAACAAAUGCUCAGGACGUUGCAAGACUAUAAUACGAAGGAUCGUUGAACAAGUGAGAGCUGAAACUGAGCAAUGGUCACAAAUGCAGGAAAUGCUGCAGCAAGUCAGAGGUGAGAUGGAAGAACUGCAGGCUUCUCGCGAUUUCUGGGAAAAUCGAGCCCUAGAUUUUGCUCACGAAAUCCAAUCUUUACAGUCCUCUGUGGAAGAAUGGAAAGACAAAGCACAAGCAUUUGAAACCAAGGCCAAGGAUAUGCAGUGUGAAUUAUCUGCAGCAAAAGAGGAGCUAGAAAAAUCAAGGACAAAGAAAGCUAUGGGACAUGAUCCGAGGGAGGUAACGUCUACCCCGAAUUCGCCUAUGAUGUCAUUAGCCAAACAAAUCGAGAAGGAAAAACGCGUGUUGGUUUGUCGGUUGAAAGAAGAAAAUGCCAAUCAGAAGUUGCAAAAACAAAGAGCUGUUGAAACAAUCUCAAGGAAAGAUUUGCCACCUGAUUCUCUAGGGAAACAAAUAGAGAAUGAAAACCGUAUGUUUAUGCAUCGCUGGAAGGAACAUCGCGGAGCCAAUGACAAGAGUUGUAAGCCAGAACAUUCUCCUGUUGGGAGAAGAAAAGAACAUUCAUACAGCAGCAAAGACCUAGGAGUACCAAAAAGGCCACCAUUUAGAGAUGUUGGGAAUUCAUCACCAUUACUGGUGAGGCAAAAUAGUAAAGCUGUUUACCCUUUGCAUAGCCCUAAAUCUAGACAGGCAAAUGAAAGGUUCUGAAAGUAAGGCAAAUGUCUCUUUCUCUUAUCAGUUUUGUCAUAUUGUUGUCUGCCUCAAGUGAAAAUUUACUUAGUCAUGACUGGUGCAAGCCUUUUGUACAGCAGACAAUUUUGGUAAUAAUAAGAGUGUCUGCAUUGCUAA